GAACUUUAUGAUCUUAUUGAAAAAUUUAAAAAAUGGACAAGUACUCAUGAUAUCUAUUCCUUGAAAAAAAUUAUUGAAGAUAAUAAAAUAUCACACAAAUUAUUAGUCAAGUCCCUUGAAUUAUUGUCUGAUUCAUCCACAUUUAAAUAUUAUAGCAUUGAAGCUAUUUCUGAGUUAGAAUUACAUCUCCGCACCUUAGUUUCUCUUAUUGAAGUAAUUUGCAAAAGUAAAAUUCGGAUUCGGCACGAUUUGAGAGAAAAAAUUUAUGCUCAGCUAGGAAAAUUUGCAGAGAUACAUUUUCGAUCAACUGAAGUUAAUGAACAAGGGUUUAAUAAAAAUGGAAAACGCAAUUACAAUAUUGAUUUCUUGUUAUUACAUUUGCGAGAUACUCUUCAUUGUAUGAAUGAUGAUGAGAAUAAAAUUUUGGAAGUAUGGAAUAGAAUAAAAGGACUCCUUCGUAUAGUAUUAGGUAUUACUCCUGGACUUGUAAAAAAGGGAAUUUCACAUGGUGCUGAUUUAUCUAUAGACAACAACAUAGCAUUUUUGUUUAAUAAUUUACAAGAGGCUUUUACCUGGAAAUAUCCAAUUUCAGUAUGGUAUUAUGAAUGGAGAACACUACUUGAAUUACAUUUUAAUAUUCAAAAUUUUCUUCAAGAAUGUUCACUUCCUCCAAAAUAUGGUGAAAGUUUAUUACUUGAAUGUUUAUGGUAUUGUGCAUCAAAAAGUUGGUCAAAUCCAAUAUCUCAAUCUGAGUCUCUUACAAAUAAAAUGCAUUUUGUCAAUAAUCUUUUAGGAAUGGAGCCACUUGCAUUCCCACAUUCUCUAUGGUUUGGAGCGCUUGAUAUUACACAAAAAUUAAUUACAAAAACUCAAAAAGAUUCAACUUUGGGCAUCUGUUAUUAUUUAGCAUUAAAAUCUUUGCAAAAAGCACCUACAUCUUUCAUUCGUUACAAGGCCAUAGAAGUUCUAAUCAAAUUAUCAAAAAGAAAUAAGUUAUUUUACAACAUUAUUGGCAAUGAUUUUGAAAAUUAUAAGCAGUCUUUAGAUUCAAUAAAAAGGUUGAAAACUUACCAUAUGAUUGAGGCGAUUCGUGAAAAGUCUUCUCAAGAUGAAAAAUUAACAGACAUUAAUAAAAACAAUACAAAUGAUUUAAAAGAAAAAGAAAAAAUUAUUACGCCAGAUAGUUUAACAUUAGCCCAAAUGAUAACCCCAAAUGAUGAUUUUAUUUCAGAGAUUGUCAGUACAGAAUUGUCCUGCCCAUUAACUUGUAAAAUUUCAAAAAGCUUUCAAAUUUUAUCAUGCUGUAAACAUUUAAUUAGUUAUGAGGCUUUGCAGCAAAUUAUCAAUAACAAAUCUCAACCAACUUGCCCAUUUUGUCGAAAAAUAAUUGAUAUAAACUCUGUAAUUAAUUUACCACAGUUAGCAAUUUAUCAAGGAAUUCGCAAUUAUUUACCUGAAGAAAAUAAUAUUAAUAUUGUUCAAGAUCAUGACAAAAAUAUUUCUACUGAAAGUAGUGACGAUGAAGAGAUUAAUAUUUCUAAACUUAAAUCUCAACAAAAAUUUAAAAUAUCGGAUUCAACUGUAAAAAAAUUUUUUAAGCCACACAAAUUCCUUCAUUCAUCAUUAAGAAAAGCAAAUACUGCAUACAAAUUGGGAGAGCUUGAAAUUACUAUUAAUUCACUUACAGAAGUUCUUGAAGAAUAUCCCACAAGCUAUUCAUUACAAUGUUAUCGGGCCAAAGUAGAGUUAAUACCUGGAUCCGGAUCCGAAUCAUAA